AUGAAUUCCAACGGUCUCAUACUCUUGGAAUUUUGCACCAGAUUCCAGCUCAGUAUCAUGGGUACAAGGUUUCAACUGAAAGACAGCUUAAAGAACACAUGGCAACACCUUCGUUCAAAACACUGGCAUCAGCUCGACCACGUACUAUCCAACAAGGCCGCAAAGUCAUAUGUUUCACUGACAAAAAUCAAUCGUGCAGCAAACUGCUUCAAUGAUCACAAGCUCCUUAUAUCUAAGUGUCUCUUCUCCAUCAAGAACAAGAAGAGAGGUACAAGACCCCCCAAAAAACUAGACACACGCUUGGAUGACGACAAGAAAGUAUUGCUAGAACAGUUUCUAGAUUAGAGGCUGUCCACCUGUAACACUGACGUUGACGAGCUCAGAGUUGUUCUCCAGAACGCUGCUGCCCAUGUCUUUGGUAAGAAGAAAAAAGUGCAAAACGACUGGUUCGAUGAUCAGGAUGAUGCAAUUCAAAAACUCCUCCAAGAUAAGAACAUGGACAGACAUGUUUUGAGAAGGCGCAUUAGAGAGCUCAAAAACAAUUGGUUCCGACAUAGAGCUGAAGAAGCAGAGCGGUACUCUCAGGAGAAGAACCACAGAGACUUCUAUGCCACUCUAAACGCUGUUUAUGGUCCAAGAUCCAGAACCUCUCAUCCAGUGAAGUCCAAAGAUGGCGAGCUCCUGACUGCCCCUGACAUGAUAAAAGAAAGAUGGGUUGAACAUUUCUGCGACUUACUAAACCAACCUACUGAUGCUGAUUUGACCAUUGCCGAUGGCAUAGAUCAGCUUCCAGUCAUUGAAUCAAUGAGCUGCCCAAUUGAAGAGCAAGAACUUGACGAAGCUCUUAGAAACACCUGA